ACCCGCCAAAUUAAAUAAUCUUUGAAAGUACUACAAAUACAUACGUCUAUGAGAAAAAUUGACGCUCUAAAUUGUGUUGUGAAAGACAGCGGUCGCUUUAAAUUGUACUGGUGAUGCGACUACAAAUAUAGAAGAUAGUCUUUUAUCCACACAGUAAAUUAAACAAGCCGCGAAGUUCAACGAAUGUGUGGUCACAGGUAGUUGCUGUGACAUAAAAUAUUAACCAUUCUGUUAAUUCCAAGGUUAAGAGUCAUUGAGUGUUGUGUUUGACUUUCACAUCUACUCAGAUCAAGAGCUGGCAGGAGUUCAUUUUAUGUACACUAAGCAAGACACCGUUGCUGCACUGGCUCGUCAUUUACACCAGCAGAGAGUAUAUGCUGAUUUGAAACUUCCUGGCACUCAAAAGCUGUGCAUUGGACUGGGACUCAAAGCAGUUGCUGAACCAGGACCAAGCAGUAAUAUAAACAAUGCUAGAGAAGGACCUACCCUGGGUAAAAAAAUAACUACACCUCCUGUAAGUGGACCAAUACAGAAUCGACGUAGAAAAGGAGAACGAAGUGAGGGUUCACUUCCAGAACCUGGCUCAAAACUCCUGGGGAAGGACGGGAUCAUAGAGUGGACUGUAGCAGACUUCGGUGUUACUACUCCAGGUAGGAUAGGUCAACAGAAUAUAUUAAAAGAAACACGGGGACCUACUCCACACGCAAAGCGGCACAUCUCAAAUGAUAAUGUUUCGAGUGCCUGGCGCCUUUUAGUUGAUCAGUCAAUGUUGAAACACAUAAAGAAAUGCACAGAAGCAGAGGCACAACGGCUCCUUGGAAAUGAUUCCUGGAGUUCGCAUUUAGAAGAAUUAGAUGCAUUUGUUGCUUUAUUAUAUGUUCGUGGCGCACUAGGUGCCAGAUGUAUUGAAGUAGAUGAGUUGUGAUCGAAAAAAUGGGGAGCCCCAUUUUUCACUGACACAAUGACUAGAAAUAGGUUUCGAGAAAUUUUGAAAUAUCUGCGUUUUGAUGAAAAAAAUUCACGGUCGGAACGUUUGAAAAGUGACAAAUUUGCAUUUAUAUCAACUACUUGGAACCAUUUUAUAGAAAACUGUCAGCCGAAUUACAUACCUGGAUCAAAUGUCACUGUGGACGAACAACUUUUCCCCAGCAGAACCAGGUGUCCAUAUUUGCAAUAUAUGCCGAAUAAGCCUGAUAAAUUCAGAAUCAAAUUCUGGCUUCUACCGAUGUAGAAACAAAAUAUCUUUGUAAUGGGUUCCCUUAUGUAGGAAAGAACGAACAGAGGGCACCUAAUGGGAAACUUCCAGAACAAGUAGUAAUGAAGUUGGUAGGUACAUAUCGCAAUAAGGGGCAAAAUGUGACUACUGAUAAUUUUUUCACUACAGUCACACUUGGGGAGACACUGGAAAAAGAGAAAACUAGUCUUGUCGGCACUGUCAACCGUGCAAGAAAAGAAAUUCCGAACACUAUUAAAAAAAUGAAAACUCCUCUUUAUACGUCUGUUCUCUUGAAAAGGGAAGGUGGUACUCUGACUGUUUACCAAGGGAAAAAGAACAAUAAUGUUCUUCUGUAUAGCACCAUGCACACAGAUGUUGAAACACAAAAUAAUUCGAAACACCUUCCCGAAACAGUGAGCUUCUACAAUAGCACAAAAUUUGCUGUAGAUGUCUUGGACCAGAUGACGAGGAAAUAUUCUGUCAGCUCUGGUACUCGUCGAUGGCCUGUACACGUAUUUCACAAUAUCCUUGAUUUAGCAGCCAUCAACGCAUGGAUCGUUUUCAAGCUUGUGACAGGGAUCAAAAUAAGUAGGAGGAAUUUCAUCCUAAAUCUAGCAAAAGAAUUAUGUAGAACCUAUAUGGAAACCAGAAAUCAGGAAAGGAUGCCAAGGGAUGGAAAAGAAAACGAAGAAAAGGACGAUGGUGAUGAAGAAAGAGAUGAAGCGGAAAUUCCUGUGAACGUAAGAAAACUACGCCAAAUGAGGAAAUGCAGAAACAAGACAAAUGAAAUGUGCAGUAAAUGAAAGAGAUAUGUUUGUGGGCCAUGUACAUGUAAAGUAAUAAAGACAGUAGUUUGUAAUGCUUGUAAGUAGGAUUAGGUACUAUACAUGGUCAUUUUUAUGAUUGGUCUUUCUCUUAACAUAUUCAUGGGUACUUGG